UCCAUGCCAUCUAUUGUGGGUAAUAAAUAAGCUUAAUUGCUUGCCCAUGUUGUCUACAGAUCUCAUUCAUGAUUAAUGAUUAUUUUGUUCAUUUGUUUUACAGAUAACAUAGACUACCGUUGCCCAAGAGGAUUGUAGGGCCUCAUAAUAAACGCAAAAGUCGAUGUUCUCGUAAAAUCAACAUAAACGAACAUCGUCAUGGAAUUCAUUAACUUCGGCAAGAUCCUUCUUUUCGUCAGUCUUCUACCAUUUCUCAGACGAAUGAAAUGCGAAUCAUUCUGUGGCGAAUUUUGCAAUUGUCAUCCAGACAUCCACAUGAUCCAUUGUAGCGGAGUCGACUUUAUAGAGGCAUUGAGUCACAACUACUCCGAUGAAAUCACAAACAUCACCAAGUCACUGGAAAUUUCAUAUUUUGAUCAGUCAUUGAGACUCGAUAAUGAUACCUUAAAACGGUUCUAUGCUUUAGAAAAACUUGCUAUAGUGCACUACGGCGUAACUUUCAUCAGCGAAUAUGUCUUCCAAGGCCUGUACGAGUUGCAGAACAUUCGUCUGUCAUUCAACUCUUUGAAGAGCAUUCCUAUUGUACAGCUUUCCCACCUAAAUUCAUCUUUAGAAGAAUUACAUCUGCUCCAACAAAAAAUCACAAACAUUGCCAACUAUUCCUUUAUACAAUUGGGAAAUCUUCGUGAGAUGACAAUAAAGUACAAUCAAUACUUUUUAGAGAUAUCCGCUUAUGCAUUUACCGGUCUUGCAAAUUUGACAUAUCUUUGUUUAUCUGAAAAUGGCAUUAUGAGACUGCACAGCACAACCUUCAAGGGUUUGACAAAUUUACAAGAAUUGGACCUAAGUCACAAUUUACUUGUUACUGUUCCGCCUGCAUUAAAUGCUCUGAAGACCCUCAUAAAGCUAGACCUGUCUUAUAAUCACCUCCUAGAAUAUACAGGCAAUUUUCAGUUCUUGGCAGAAACACUAACACUACAGACCCUCCAGAUGGGCUACUGCGCCAUUUCUGAAAUAUCCCCGGAAGCCGUUGACAACCUCAAUGCAUCUAAUUUAAAUGUUGCAAAUUUCGAUGGAAAUCCAUUUAACUGCACAGAAGGCCUUUGCUCUUUUGUAAUUUGGUAUUUGAGCAUGCCCGAACCAAGUACAACUAGAAGCCCUUUCUACAUACCUUUCAUCACUCUCAGUCCUCCCCUUGGGAAAGGACCAUACCGGUGCAAGACUAGUGGACUGUCCUUCAAAGAGUUCUCGAACGAGUCUUGUUUACCUACUCCUGAUGACCCCUUGCCGACCAUUUCUUACCCUGUUAACUAUCCGACAUCAUUGCGAGGUAUAGCAUUUGGUGUUAUCUGUAUUGUCUUUCUCCUUGUAAUAGUGUCCGUCGUAAUAUGGAAACAUAGACUGAAGCGAAAUCGUGGAUUUCACUUUGGAUUCAAUUUCCAGCAACGUGCUGAUUACGGAGCCGUUCAGGAGAAUGACAAUGAAUAUAUGUUUGAUGCCUACGUCAGCCACCACGAAGACGACAGGCCAUUCGUCCAAGAUGAGAUGCUUCCUCGCCUUGAGGAAGAGAACGGCUUUGAUCUCUGCGUAUCUUUCCGCAACUUCCGUCUGGGUUCUAACCUCCUAGAAAACGUAUCUUCUGCACAGGAUGUUAGUCGGGCCAUCAUCUUUAUCAUCAAUGAACGCUUCAUGCAGAAUGGUCAGUGCAAGCUGGAGCUGGAGAUGGCUUCAAGGAGGAUGCUAGAAGAUGAAGAGGAGAACGGAAGACGGCGUCUCAUCCUCAUCAUGAAGGAUGUCCUGGCUCCAGACCUGAUGAACAAUACCUUAAGGAUGCUUCUCAACCAUGUGGCUUACCUCGAAUGGGACCCUGCCGCAGAAGAAAGAUGUUGGGGGCAACUUGUUGCUACCCUUCGUGCCAUGGAACCGGCAAGAAAUGAUCCCAACGAACAGGAGGCCGACAUUGGAGAAAAUAAUGAUUGCGAAGCACCCAAUGAAAUACAACCUAUUUAACGGAUUUGAUGUACCUUCUUGAGGCCAGGCAAAAAUAUUUUCAUAGAGAGACGUUACAUAAAAGAAUAGUUUGAUAAUUAUUUUAAUUCAUUAAUUUUAGUUGUUCAUAUAAGUCUACAGAGAGAUUGUAGAGGAGAAAUUAUCAUUUUUAUGCCAGAAAUUACAAGUAAAGAAAACUCAGAAAAAAUUAUCUCUUUUUAUUGUUAUAAUAUUGUAUCGUAACAGAGACAAGAGGGCACUUAAGUGAUUUGAUUUAUUUUCUAUGGUAAAUAAAUAGGCAUGUAAUUAACUCACCAAAUGAGUUUGCCCUCCCCUAGUUUUAAUAGUAUUUCUGUCUUGUCUUGAUAUAGCAAAGGAUUCUCCGCUUUAUAUAAAAGGGGUGGUCAAGAUAUCAUGCUGCAUGGAGACAAGGGCUCCGUAACACAAAGGUUUACGAUGAAUCGCAAAUAUGAAAGAACCACACUGAUUGGUUCCCGGUCAGUAUUUUUAACCGAAUACGCGUAUAACAUUGAUCUUGAUUGGUCAGUCCAUUUAGCGAUUGAUCGCUAAUCUUUGUGUUACGGAUCCCUGGUCACGAAAUACAGCGGCUUAGAUCAUAAUUAAUUAGAAAAAGAGAGGGUACACAUAACCCAUAUUUUGUCUUUUGAGCCAAGAAUGUUGAAGAACUGUUGAAGAAUCUGCAGGUAGCAGGUAAAUGGUGAAACAAAAUGAGCUUAUACAACAAACGUGAAGAAAAAUGCACAAUAAAACGGCUAGAAUUGUUUGAAUUACAA